UGAGUCACCUGUAGAGGAGGGAGGAGCCCGGACAGGAGGCUUUAAAGGAGUUGCAAAGCUUGAAGAUGCAGGGAAAUUGCUGCGGGUCGAGAUAAAGUCAUCAACAUGGCAAACUGGAUAAUCAACAAUGGACUUACUGCCUUUAUAUUGGUGGUCUGGAUGGGCAUCAACAUCUUCCUCUUCGUCUGGUUUUACCGCCUGUACGAUUUGAACGAUGAAUUCUAUUACACGCGUCAUCUUUUAGGGGCUGCCUUGCCCUGGGCCAGAGCUCCCGCUGCUGUCCUCAACUUCAACUGCUUGCUGAUCCUGCUGCCGGUGUGCAGAAACCUGCUGUCUCUGCUGCGCGGCUCCUUCGUGUGUUGCGGCAGAACAAUGAGGAAACAACUGGACAAAAAUCUGAGUUUCCACAAGUUGGUGGCUUACAUGAUCGCUCUGAUGACAGCCGUUCAUUUAAUCGCCCACUUGUUGAACGUGGAGUGGUACAACAACAGCAGACGAGGAGGUUACGACAAACUCAGCACGGCUCUGUCCGACCUGGAAGACACCGACAACACCACUUACCUGAACCCAAUCCGCUCUUUAAAUGUCGAUGCCCAGCAGAGUCCGACCUACCUUGUCUUCACCACCAUCGCUGGCCUCACAGGCGUCAUCAUCACUCUGGCCCUCAUCCUCAUCAUCACCUCCUCCAUGGAGUUCAUCAGACGCAGCUACUUCGAGGUCUUCUGGUACACCCACCACCUCUUCAUCAUCUUCUUCAUUGGUCUCGUCUUCCACGGAGCAGGACGCAUUGUGAGGAGCCAACAGACAACAGAUCCUGCACACAACUUCACCUACUGUAAGGACCGCAGUGACCAGUGGGGCCAGAUUCCUGAGUGUCCCAUCCCGCAGUUUGCUGGAGGAUUUCCACAGACCUGGAUGUAUGUGAUCGGCCCCAUGAUUCUGUACAUUUGUGAACGUCUGCUGCGUUUUAUUCGCUACAUGCAGACUGUCAGUUACAGAAAGAUCGUGAUGCGGCCGUCGAAGGUGCUGGAGCUGCAGCUGGUGAAGAACGGAUUCAAGAUGGAGGUGGGUCAGUAUGUCUUCCUCAACUGCCCGGCCAUCUCCCAGCUGGAGUGGCACCCGUUCACCAUGACUUCUGCCCCCGAGGAGGACUUCUUCAGCGUCCACAUCCGCUCGGCCGGGGACUGGACCGACAAACUCAUCAACAUCGUGCAGCAGCUGCCAGAGGGAGCACAGGGACCAAAAAUGGGAGUGGACGGACCCUUCGGCACAGCCAGUGAGGACGUAUUCGACUAUGAGGUCAGCAUGCUGGUUGGUGCCGGCAUUGGAGUCACUCCCUUUGCCUCCAUCCUCAAGUCCAUCUGGUAUAAGUUCAAAGACUCCAACCCUAAACUACGCACCAGAAAGAUCUACUUCUAUUGGCUCUGCCGGGAAACACAAGCCUUUGAAUGGUUCGCUGACCUUCUUCAGGUGCUGGAGAGGGAGAUGGAGGAGAGAGGAAUGGCUGAUUUCCUCACCUACAAACUCUUUCUGACCGGCUGGGAUCAAAGCCAUGCUCAUCAUGCGUGGGUUCACUCUGACAAGAACACAGAUGUGGUCACUGGGCUCAAACAGAAAACGCAAUAUGGCAGACCCGCCUGGGACAAGGAGUUUGAACAAGUCCGUAAAGAGAACCCCACGUCUGUGGUUGGCACUUUCUUAUGUGGCCCUGCUGCUCUGGCUAAAGUUUUGGAUAAGAAAUGUGCCAAAUACUCAGACGUGGAUCCUCGGAAGACUAAAUUUUACUUCAACAAGGAAAACUUCUGAGACAAAUUCAACAGCAAAGCCGAAUUUUUUUUUGUUGAUUUAUCUUUUAGUUUGGAGGACUCCCCUUGUUGGGGAAUUUCCUUCAUGGAGUAUCUUAGCACAAACACAAAGCAGCCUGACAGUCUGUGACUCGAGCUGGGUGUGUUUGGAAACACUUGACUAUACUGCACUCGUUCAGAAGAAGACAAAACAAAAAGGCACGGCAUGUUGUUCUUCUAGCACUACUCAGGGACUUUCUUUCUUCAUUCAGAUUUUUCCAACCAUGAUGAAACCAGAAACUGAUAAUUCACAAUGACUCAUGGUUUAAACACUGAGUCACAGUCACGUUGCUAGAUUAGUUGUACUGUUAAUUUUAAUCUGUGUGUCUGGUGAAGCCUUUUUUUUUAGUUCCUAAGACUUGAACAAGCUUUGAAAUAUUGUUACACAGAGAUCAGCACCUCCAGCGAAAUAAAACAAAUGAAAUGAAAUCAGAACAGAAAUUUAAUAUUUUGUCUUAAAGACAAAUUUAUACUUUCUUACAGCAGCCCACCAAGGACUGCAACCAAAGAGUGUUGCCAUUAUCACAUUUUUCUUUUUUUUCUUGAUUAAUCAUGUUUUCUCUAAAUAUAUUCUUUUUUUAUGAUUUAUUUUUGGCUUUUAAUGCCUUUAUUUUAGAGAUAGGACAGUGGAUAGUCGGAAUUCAGGGGGAGAGAGCGGGAAAGGAGCCACAGGCCAGAUUUGAACCCGGUCCAUCUGCUUCGAGGACAACAGCUUCUGUACAUAUGGCGUGCAAGCUAAACACCAGGCCACCAGCAUCCAGUCUCUUAAUUUAAUUUGUCAGAAAAAAAAAAGUAUAGUUCCUCUGGGAAAGUUUUUCAUAGUACAAAUGUAAAGUUUCUUGUUAUAUGAAUCAGACAAGAAAGGCAGCAAAUCAUCACAUCUAUAGGAUGUUAACAGUUCAUUUUUGGCUUUGUUUAAGCCAUCAGUUUUGUUGAUUAACUUCUUCAGGAAUAUUUCAUCUUUGAGUUUAUGUUUUCCACAAAAGAAUGGACCAAAGACAAAAUGUAUUGUACUGUAAAUCACUGUUAUGUUGUUAAAUAUGUCAUGUAGUUUUGCAUUGAAAUUUUUUUAGCUCCAAAAUUGUGAAAGUGUAAUCUUGGUCAGUUUUUUCCAGUGGCUUUAAUUGUUAAGAAAACAUGCUUCUUGGAAACCACCUGUGAUUUAUUGUUACCUUACAACAUCACCAUUACAAAAAGUGAUGAGGUAAAGCAGGAGGUCACGUAGGCAGAGGUUAAUCAUCUUCUCAAGAAGUGAACGGACUUCUGGGUAUUAUUUUCUUCUGGUAUUUUUCAUUUUUUUACUGUUUUAAAUCAUUUUCUUGUAAAUAAUUCUAACCUCAUUUUGAAUAAACAAAUCACUACAA